CGGGAAGCCGGCCUCUCUCUCCGUGACCUCAGAGGUACACUUCCGGGACACGGAAGUGACCCGUCUGCCCGCCCCUUCCGUCUCUCUCUUUCCGGUGUAGGAGUCUGGCGGCGACGGUCAGAAAUGGCGCCUCGCAAGGGGAAGGAAAAGAAGGAAGAACAAGUCAUCAGCCUUGGACCCCAAGUGGCUGAAGGAGAGAAUGUAUUUGGUGUCUGUCACAUCUUUGCAUCCUUCAACGAUACCUUUGUCCAUGUUACCGAUCUUUCUGGCAAGGAAACCAUCUGCCGAGUGACUGGUGGAAUGAAGGUAAAGGCUGACCGAGAUGAGUCUUCUCCAUAUGCCGCCAUGUUGGCUGCCCAGGAUGUGGCCCAGAGGUGCAAGGAGCUGGGCAUCACUGCCCUGCACAUCAAACUCCGGGCCACAGGAGGAAACAGGACCAAGACUCCUGGACCUGGAGCCCAGUCAGCCCUCAGAGCUCUUGCGCGCUCAGGGAUGAAGAUCGGGCGGAUUGAGGAUGUCACUCCCAUUCCCUCUGACAGUACUCGAAGGAAGGGAGGUCGUCGUGGUCGGCGUCUGUGA